CUCGGCGGAGGCUCUCUAGGCGUGCGGGCAGUGACUCGAUAGCCGGAAGUCAUCCGAGCUGACGCUGCGGCAACCACAAGACAACGGUCUGCAGCAAGUGGCGGACGCUAUGGCGGAGCGUGCGGCGCUGGAAGAACUGGUGCGACUUCAGGGAGCGCACGUUCGGGGCCUCAAGCAGCAGAAGGCCGGCUCCGCGCAGAUCGAGGAGGAGGUGGCGAAACUACUGAAACUGAAGGCACAGCUGGGCCCUGAUGAAGGGAAACAGAAGUUUGUGCUCAAAACCCCCAAGGGCACAAGAGACUACAGUCCACGGCAGAUGGCAGUUCGGGAGAAGGUAUUUGAUGUAAUCAUCAGCUGCUUCAAGCGCCAUGGUGCAGAAGUCAUCGAUACACCUGUGUUUGAACUAAAGGAGACACUGACUGGAAAGUAUGGGGAAGACUCUAAGCUGAUCUAUGACCUGAAGGACCAGGGCGGAGAACUGCUGUCUCUUCGCUAUGACCUCACUGUUCCUUUUGCUCGGUAUUUGGCAAUGAAUAAACUGACCAACAUAAAACGCUACCACAUAGCAAAAGUAUAUCGGCGAGAUAACCCAGCCAUGACCCGCGGCCGAUACCGGGAAUUCUACCAGUGUGAUUUUGACAUUGCUGGGCAGUUUGAUCCCAUGAUUCCUGAUGCAGAGUGCCUGAAGAUCGUGUGUGAGAUCCUGAGUUCACUUCAGAUAGGCGACUUCCUGGUCAAGGUGAAUGAUCGGCGCCUUCUAGAUGGGAUGUUUGCCAUCUGUGGAGUUCCUGAUAGCAAGUUCCGUACCAUCUGCUCCUCAGUGGACAAGCUAGACAAGGUAUCCUGGGAGGAAGUAAAGAAUGAGAUGGUAGGAGAGAAGGGCCUCACACCAGAGGUGGCUGACCGCAUUGGGGACUACGUCCAGCAGCAUGGUGGGUUAUCCCUGGUGGAACAGCUGUUCCAGGAUCCUCAACUGUCCCAAAACAAGCAGGCCUUGGAGGGCCUUGGAGACCUGAAGCUGCUGUUUGAAUACAUGAGCCUGUUUGGCAUUGCUGACAAGAUCUCCUUCGACCUGAGCCUUGCUCGAGGUCUCGACUACUAUACCGGGGUGAUCUAUGAGGCCAUGCUGCUGCAGACUCCACCCCGGACAGGGGAAGAGCCCCUGGGUGUGGGCAGUGUGGCUGCUGGAGGGCGCUACGAUGGGCUCGUGGGCAUGUUUGACCCCAAAGGGCGCAAGGUGCCAUGCGUGGGGCUCAGCAUUGGGGUGGAGCGGAUCUUCUCCAUUGUGGAGCAGAGGCUGGAGGCUCUGGAAGAGAAAGUACGGACCACAGAGACACAGGUGCUUGUGGCAUCUGCACAGAAGAAGCUGCUGGAGGAGAGGCUGAAGCUAGUCUCAGAGCUCUGGGAUGCUGGGAUCAAGGCAGAAUUGCUCUAUAAGAAGAACCCAAAGUUGCUGAGCCAGCUGCAGUACUGUGAGGAGGCAGGCAUCCCACUGGUGGCCAUCAUCGGUGAGCAGGAGCUCAAGGAUGGAGUCAUCAAGCUCCGUUCAGUGGCCAGCAGGGAGGAGGUGGAUGUCCGAAGAGAAGACCUCGUGGAGGAAAUCAAAAAGAGAACAAAGCUGCCCCUUUGCACCUGCUGAACUGAGCAAACUAUCCAAGGAAAAUGGGACUGGCACUAAUAUUGAAGGCUCAGACAAACUGCAUAUGUACUUCAACAUCUUUGCACAUUUGUGUUCCAGCAGGAAGACCUGAAGAGUGGUCAAAACAGAGACUUUAUUUUUAUUAUGAUUAUUUUAUUGGUAAUCACAGGCAAAAAUGGCCAAGGACUACACCAUUUUCCAUAGGAGGCCCUGGGGGCUUAGUCUAGUCAGUGCUCCUGAGCCACAGGACUGGACGGAGACGGGCUCCUCCGCAGCGCCCUGCGCCAGGUAGCGGGAAUGCCCCCAGGCCCACCAGAGGUCCAAUAAAAAGCCUCGGUCACCGUA